AUGAAGGAAAUAAAGGUUUUUGCUGGCUCCUCUCAUCCAGCGCUCGUCGGUCGAAUAUGCGAGCGACUUGGAAUCAAUCCGGCAAAAGCCAAAACUACAAAGUUUAAGAAUAAAGAAACAAACGUCGAAAUCCAGGAGUCAGUGCGCGGCUGCGAUUGCUACAUCGUCCAAACUUCCAACGAAAAAGUCAACGAUUUAGUGAUGGAGACGUUAAUCAUGACGAGUGCUUGUGUGACAGCUUCGGCAAAUCGGGUUUUUGUUGUUCUUCCGUGUUUUCCGUAUUCGAGGCUGGAUCAGCGCGGCGCAGAAAGAAAAGCAAUCGGAGGAAAGCUUAUCGCGAAUUUAUUAACGACGGCUGGUGCAACUGCUAUUAUAACGAUGGAUUUGCAUUCUGAGCAAACGGAAGGAUUCUUCGAUAUCCCCGUGGAUAAUCUUCUUGCCCGGCCUCUGAUUGUACAGUGGCUCAAGCAGCACUACAAAAAUCCCGAAUCGUGCGUGAUCGUCUCUCCCGACGCUGGGGGAGUGAAACGGGUUACUGCGAUUGCCGAUCGCUUCAAAACAGGAUUCGCGAUUUUCCAUCGGGACCAAAGAAAAGAAGCCACUUCUACACGACACGCUGUUAUCGGCGACGUGAAAGGAAAAGCCUGCAUAAUUGUGGACGAUUUGGCCGACACUUGUGAGACGCUUCUGACUGCCGCUCGGGCGCUGAAAAACUGCGAGGCAGCUUCUGUAAUCGCCAUCGUCACUCAUGGACUGUUCUCUUUUGACUCCAUCGAGAGGAUCGAGAAAAGCGCGAUUGAUAAACUCAUUGUGACGAACACCCUACCUCAAGCAGAAAACCUUACAAAAUCCUCCAAACUCGAAAUAAUCGAUAUUUCUCAACUUCUGACCGAAGCCAUUCGUCGAACUCACAACAGCGAAUCUGUACGAGCAUUGUUUGAUACCGUUCCCGGAAUCUGGAACUAG